AAUUAAAAAGAAAAUACAUAUUUAAAAAGUUUUGUCAAAUCAUUGUGCGAAAAAAAUAAAGUAAAAUGACUUCAUCUAAAGACUGUGACUCACAUUUAAGUGGUUGCGAGGAUGAAAUUGUGGAAUUUGAAAAUAUAACUGUUAAAUUAAGUAUCUCCGAUGCACAAGUUGUCGCACAAAUUUAUCCCAAUUGUAUGACAAUUGAAGAAGUUAAAAAAGAUAUUGCUAGAAAAUUUGAAGUUGAUCCAAAAUUACUCAUCAUUUGCCAAUGUGGAAAAGUUCUCAACGACGAUUCAAAACUUUAUGAUGCUGAAAGAAAUGAUUAUGGAAUAUAUGAAUUGACUUUGGGUAUAAAUGAAAUUAAAGACGCCAAAGAGAACACACCUAUUUUAAAUUUGGACAUUUAUUAUAACAAAUCACGACUACCUGAUUUUAUAACCGUGCACAUCCCAGCCGAGGAUACUAGCGAUGGCAACAGCAAAGAUAUUGUUGUAGAAAUUGAAAACCAAGCCAUAACGAAGCCAUUCAUCGGUGGUUAUAGAGACAAGCGAACCGGCAUAGAAUACCACGAUGCAUUCACACUCACAGGGCCCAACUUUCAGAAGUUUAAAAUCAACGAUCUAGCGACACGAAUAACACAGACCAGGGAACUGAAAGUGAAAUUAAAUGAUACAACGGCUGAUCAAUCAACACAAUCAUUUGGUGAUGCUACUAAUAUUAUAUUUGUAUCUGCAGCAACAGACUUUGUAAUAAUUCCAAGAAAAUAUCAGACUUAUGCACAAAAAAUAAAACGUGAAGAUCGAUUGGCAAAAAUUGUAUUAAUUCAAAAGAAUUUCCGCAGAUACCUUUUGUGGCGUUAUAUUAAGCGAUGUGCAGCUGAAUACCGGAGUAUUGUCACUGAUCGCUUGGAAGUGGAACGGAAGUUCAACGAAACCGAAGUCAAAAAACGUAUCUACCGUGAAAAUGCAGUGAAAAAUUUUCCGCAUACCAAAGAAGACUUUGGUUUGUUGUAUGCUCAUGUAGAGAAAUGGAAGCAAGCAGAGAUGAAACGAAUUGCAAAAAUGUAUUCAGGUGCACCAAGGCUGGCAGAGGUUAAUAUAUUAUUGGAUAAAGAAAUUCAAUUAUUGAAUGGCAUCGAACGACAACGCACGGUUGUGAGGAAGGCAAUGAAAGAUUUUAGAGAAAAUCAAUUGUUACAAAAAAUGGGGGAACCUAUUAAGUGGAUUGGGUAUAAAGAUAAAGUUAUUGAAAUGGAUCUUAUACGUACACAACGUGUUCGAUUUUUAGCCGAGGUUUUGAAAGACCUCAAGAAAGAUCUACCAAAGGAGAAAAGGUUAAGUCUUCUUAAUUCCGUGGAUAAGCUUUUGGAAGACGAAAAAGAUUUUCCGCAAGUAUCAGAGUUACAUGACCUUAUUGACCGCGAAAAGAACCUCCUGAUAUUCACCAAACACUGCGAUGUGAGUAUUUUAAGACAACGUUUUCUCAUUAUCUUCUUGGAUUUAAUUAAAUUCAACAAAGAAGGCAAAACUGCAAAAGCUCAGAAGCGUAUGUGCGAUUGUUGCAAGCAAGUCAAAUCAAUUUCGGAAUUUGCUCUGAGGACCAGACAAAAUGCAGUCGACACAUGUCAAUUGUGUUUUUCUCUCAAGACUGCAGUUGCUGACAACACAGUUUAUAAGGCCAUUUUACGUUCAAUUCAACGUGAAGAACGCAAACACCGAUCACUGGCUUCGUAUGCAUUUAUCCUUCAAGAAGAUGAUGUUCGAUUUAUUGUCGAUAAAAUUUGGCAUCGUCAUUCGUUCCUUAGUAAAGAGAAUGACAUUAAUUACUUGAGGCUACCAAGAUGGAUUAAAAGCGAUGAUUGGUCUCCAUGGAAUUGUAUAUGUUUGACUGAAACUGAAGCCAGAAAUCACAACACUUUGAAGGACUUACGAACUGUUUAUGAUGAAAAAAUGAUGCUGGACAUAACAAAUAGGCAUAUGUUGGCUAAGAACGCAUUUAAGAAGCUUCAAGAUGUGGAAAAUGAUUUCGUUGAAAGCGGUCAAUGGUGGGAAGUUGGUAUCAAGAAUAAGGUUGUAUGAACCAAAAUUUAACUCUGAUGGUCCAAAUGAGAAAUGUUGUGUCAUUUUUAGUUAGAUAUAAACUUUUAAAUUAAUAAAGUGUGAAUCAUAAAAUAAAA